GCGGCACAUUUGGUUUGACGGCAAACGCGCUACCGAUGAGGAGGGCCAAAAGAGGAGGCCCGGGCGGACGAAGUCACCCUUGGUUAAACCUCUGCAAAAACAACUCAGAAUUAAGAAAGCUGCUACCAGUCUACUUUUCAAACAUUGCACACAACCAUACUUUGGUGUCUUCGGAAUGUAGUGAAAAAAGUGAGAGUUACACGAAAUUAAAUACAGUGGGCACUUCAUCUCAAAAUCAACAAGGCGCUCUAAAGGAGAUUGGUAAUAACUCAACUGCCGAAAAGAUAAGGAAGAGUAGCUUUACUCAACAUAGUUCACUCUUUCACAUAGACGAGGACGCUACAACCAAAUUACACCAGCUUAUAAAUUUUUCCUUGAUAUCUAAGUCUUUGAAUCUUAGUCCUAUACACUGGAAAUCUGUUCCUCAACUUUAUGGUAUUAAGAAUAAACACAAUUCCGCUAUUUGUGGUGUUGUAAUAAAAAGGAAGAGGAAUAAGAAAACUCGAGCUACUGUUUCUGAACGUACAUCAUUGGAUAAAUGUAAAGAGAGAAAGAAACCUAUCAAGUCGGAUGAAGCCAUCGUACCGCCCAAGUUAAUUGAAACGCAUACUAACACCUCUAAACAGUCUACUGCAGUCAAGAAUAUCGAAUCGAAAAAUCCAAACCGUCAGUUACCGACUGUAGUUGAAGGUAAUGUGUCUGAGGAACUGACAUUCUCUUCAGUUGGGAAACGCCAACGACGUCUAACAGCCAGAGCCGCUGAGGCGAUAGCACAAGCGAAUCUGCGGAAGUCUCGUAAAUCUUUAUCAGGAAGUUUAUGCAGUAAAAGCAAAGUCCUUUCGGAUGAUGAUAAACCAGGACCAGAGAACGAAAACAAAAUUGUGGAUGGGUUAAAGGCUACUACUGAGGAGACAGCGACUACCAUCACUCCUAAUAAACGAUUUAGUCCUCCUGCCAUAAGUCCAUGCGCUAAGGCUACAUUAUCUCCUAAAAAUGGAAAAGUCGACCUCGGAACAGGAGAUGACAAAUCUUUGACUGUGAUCAGCGAAAAUGUAUCCCCUCGUAUACCUACAGUGAUAGGGGAGUGUAAUUUCGAACCAGAAAGCUCAUGUAAUGAAACCCUAAUUGUAGCUGAUUCAUUGCCGCAAAUAGAAAAAGUUGUGUCACCAAACAUUGUACAAAAUGAGAGUUUUAGUGAAAUCACAACAACUGAAGCUUCUACAGAGGAUCAACUUCACGUUUUGGUGACGAGUCCAACUUGCAGCAACGAACCUUUACCUGAUGUCCACGAUUCGGAAAGCCGAAAUGAAUGUUUAGGUGUUCUUGAUGACUUGAUUAAGAAAACUUUGACAGUUCUGGAAAGUAAUCCAGUUAAGCAGCAGGAGAUAUAUGAGGUCAACGACCCCUACAUUCAGUCCUUUCCUGAUACCGUAGUGACACAAGAAAACAGGGAUCUAACUAUGUCGAGUGAAGCAAUCAACAAAACAACACCUGAAGCUGAAAUACCAGUUCAAAAUGAUCUUACUACUAAUAUUCAGCUGAAGUUACCUGAAGAAAAAGAUGCAGGGGUUUUAGUUGAAACGAACGAAAACUCUGAAGUUAAAGAAAUCAAACACACUGAUAAAGCCUCAGAUAUUAAUAAUCAAGAGCAAUCUGAAAUAAAUGAUGAGUCUGACAAAAAUAUGGAAUCAAAUUCAUUUGACGAUUCUGCAAGUACACCACCAAUGAAAUCUGAUGUACAGGUCCCCACUGUGACCAAACUUACCAAAUCUAGAGCUCAUAAACGUAGUCCAUCUCCAACAGAUGUACCUAUUAUUCGGAGUAAGCGUCGUCUAAAAGUCAAUCAUCGUUUUCUGGACGAUUAUGAUGGCUACUUAGGCUUCAUAAGCAGUGGACGUCGAAGUCGAGCUUCCUCCGAGGUAAGUAAUGGUUCUGAAGGGAGUAAUAGUCGCAAUACGGAACAUUCCACGCGACAUACACAUCCAACAUCAUGGCAUGAUAAGAAGAGUUCGAAUGAUAAAGUGAAGAAAGUCAGUCAUAGAAAUUUAACUGAAACUUCAACCAAAUCAUCAUCUAAAGGAUACAAAUCAAAUGAUAAUAUGAAUAAUAAACACGAAGACAAAGGUGGAAACCGACCAGUUACAGGACUCAGACCACGUGUAAAACAAGUCAGCAGACCAUCUAUUAGUCGUGAGGACAGUCGUUAUUCAUCAACUUUAUCGGCUAUGGUUCACGCUGCGCGCUUGGCUGCCGUUGGCGCCAAGGUUCCCGGAGGUGUUAGUCCUGUGCAUGCUGCUUUAGCUGCUUCUGCUGCUCAUUCAAAUAGGAUGAAAGAAAAGCAUUCUGCUUCUAAACAAGACGAUGCUCAUGUAAGUGGUCACGGAGUUGCUCUACAAAAUUCAUUUCAUCCUAGUAGACUCGGGUCUACUAGUCAACAUUCGACCCAUUUACCGAAUCGUUGUGGACAAUGCCCAGCAUGCUUAGGACUUAUUCAACCAUGUGGACGUUGCAGUGAUUGUCGCUUAGUUGACAGUAAUGAUCCACGAGGGAGACCUUGCAAGGAACUUAUAUGUCUCAGACGUCGUGUUGCGGCUGCCACUGCUGACCAGAAUACGAAAACAGGUCCGAGGGUUAAAUUUCCAUCAAAUUAUCCUUCACCUGGUUCAACUUCAAACUUACCUAUAAGUGGAUAUAAAGGUGCUUUAUCAAUGAAUACUGCUAAUCAUACAAAUAAUCGAUCUAACCUUAAUAAAUCUGAAGAUGAACCAGAUGAAUCAGUUAGUUUGUUGCAAACUGUACCUGGAUUAGCGCAACAGCUUGAAUUAGAUACAUGGUUACCAUCUAGUUAUUCUCGGAAAACAAAUGCCAAUGGAAUAAAUCAUUCAUAUCGUCGUAAGCAUAAAAAUCCUGUAAACAAUUUAAAUGUCGGUCCUGAACUUCAAGUAACACCUGUUCGUGGCGGAGAUUUAGGAAUGCAUUUCAAUUCGAUUAUUGAAGAAAAUGAUGAAAAUGAAGAUUUAGAUCGUGUCCGUCCAGUUGAAGGGGAAGUAAUUGACAGUGACUUAGCGACACAAGGAGGUUACGCAAUUGUAACAACAUUGGCAGCUGCUCCACCUAAAGAAAUCUGUUACGCAUGUGGUAGUGGUGGAGGUCAGUUACUGUUUUGUGUAUCCUGUGCUGAACCUUUCCAUUUCUACUGCGUUGAACGACAAUUCAGACCUCGUAGGAAAGAACAUUUUGUAUGUCGAAAUUGCACCACAUGUAAAGUCUGUCGUCGUCCAGCUUCAGAUCUACGUUGUAUACGUUGUUCUACCGGCUAUCAUCCAGAAUGUUUAGCUGAUUUUCCACCAGCUAAAACUAGUCAAAGAGGAUGUUGGACUUGUCCUGAAUGUUCAGUAUGUUUACAUUGUGGAGUUAAAGCUUGUAAACCAGCUGAGACUAGUGAUGGUACUACACCUAUUUCAACGGUUCGUGGAAGUUAUACAGCCUGGUCAUAUGAAACAAAUAAAUGUGCUGCAUGUAGUCAGGCAGAAUCUAAAGGCGAUGUUUGUCCAGAAUGCGAUCGAGCUUAUUUACCAACCACUAAACAAAUGAUCCAGUGUGAUAGUUGCCAACUUUGGAUGCAUAGAACAUGUACAAAAUUAACUGUUGAUGAAUAUGAAUUAAUUGCAAGAAUGUCAGCUGGACAAUUGAGUAAAUUUGUUGUUUCUUGUUCCGUUUGUCAAAGAGAACAAAAAUCUCAACAAAAAAAGUCAAACGCCUCUCGUAGUAACAAUAACAAUGAUAAUACUUCAUCCAAACAACAAUUAGAUUUUACAGAUCAAACUGCAUCGGAUGAUGAGAGUGAAUUCAGCGAUGAAAAUAAAGAAACAGAAGAUGCAUCAAUGAGAAGUCGGAGUAAGCAUUCAAAUAUUAACAACAGAAAUAAUAAUAAUGAUCGUAAUAAUGGUGCAAAUCAACUACGAAUUUUAGCACAUGAUACAUUAAUGGAAAGAAUGGCUGGUUUAGUGCAAGUUUGUCGUAAAUCUAGUCGAAUUGAUAAUCAAACUGUCACUACUAGUGGUGGUGGUCCUGGUGAUGGUUCAUCAAUGAACUCACCAUCAUCAACUUACUUUCAUAGUCCAACUAAUACAAUGGCUAGUUCUAGUGGUAAAUCACCUGGUUAUUGGAGUAAUACCAAUUAUAAAGAUGAAUCAACUACAGUAAAACAAUACCUACCUCAGUAUGAUGGAGUGUGUGAUUCCGACUCUGGAGAUGAAUUAACUGCUGCAGUUGAAGCUGCGGCUUCUUUAUGGGAUCCGGCUGUGGUAGAACAUGCUAAAUUCAAUACUGUUUCUGUUAAUCCUAUGUUUAUCUCCCCAGAUAAUAUCACAAACGAUCCAAUACAUCAUCAUCCUGAUAAAUUGUCGUGUGAAACCGUCAAUAAUACGGCUGAUAUUUCUUUAGAUCCAGUUAGUAAUGGUAGUAGCUCGUUAUCUUAUUCAUCAUCACAACAAUGUUUACAAAUUGAUUCUUCUUACAAAACAUCAAAUAUGAUGGAUCCCAUCAGAAAUACAUGUAAUCAUACUGUUUCACCAAAUGAAACACUUAUUUUACAAAACCAACAAUUACCACUUACUGUUAAUACAUCAUCUUUACUUAAAACUGAAUCUAGUAGUUCAGUACAAUCUAGUUUAUUUCAUGAAUUCACAGUACAUGAUAACAAUCCUAAUCAGAACAAUCGUAGACGUUAUAGUUCAUCUAGCUCAUCGAGUUCACGUUACUACCAUCAAAUUUGUUCAACUCCACCACCAAUCAAUGCACAAUGGCUUGUUGAUCAGGAAUCAGAGCAAAUUUGGACAAGUCCGCGCUCAAUACUUUAUCGCUUACUUACGAGAAUUCUCCAUCGUCUGUCCGCUCAUCCAGUCAGUUCACCGGCAGCUAUCGGAUUAAGGAGACUUCUUCGUUGGCUUUCUACAAUGACAGACACUCUUUUUCCAUGGCUUAAUAUAAAUGAAAUGGCUAGUGAUGUUCGUGAUAUUCUACGCCAAUCUAAUGGGAAAUUUAGCGAUGUCGCUAAACAUUUUCAAGAACGUUCUUUAAUUGAACUUCAUGAAUUAGUGUGCCCAGUUAUUGCUCGUUUAAAUGAAAACUAUUCACGUAUUCGAAAUCCUUCAUCUGGUGAAACAGUUAAUAAUGUAAAUUCUGUUUCAAAAUGUUAUUUACACGUUCUUGAACACCUGAAAGAGUAUCAUCCAAAUUACCAAUUGUAUGAAUCACCAGAAAUAGAUCCUUUACAAUUUACUAAACAGUUCUUACUUUCAUGCAAACGUUCUCGUUGUCAACGUCCACAUGAAAUGGAAAUGCUUGAACAAAUGAAACAAAGUGCCCGUGAUGAUCGAUGGGUUGAACAUUGGUCUUCAAUUGAAGAAGAAUUGGUUGUCAAGAAAUUUCAAAAUCAUUUAAUCAAGUUGUACAGGAAACGUCUACAUGAAUUAUCAGUCCCAUCUUCUCAACUCUUCGAAAAUAACGUAAAUAGUAAAUGUAAACCGACCAUGUCCUCUAUUUGUAAUUCUUCAGAUAGUGUAGCUGAAAUACCAAACUGUAUUAAUAAUUCUGAAUUAAUUCAGUUGAAUUCGCUAACCACUACCACUAUUAUGAAUAGCAAUUUAGAAUUAUCUAAUCAUGAGGUGAUUAAAGAUGAUAAUGAAUUAAACACUAAUACAGUAGUAAAUCAAGAAUCUCAUCAGCAAGAUUCUGAUAUCCCAGUGGAAUCAUUAUCGCCUGUCAAAGAUGGUGAUAACGGUGAAAAUAAAUCAUCUACAGAAUUAACAACCUUUGAUUCUGAACGCUUUUAUUUCGCAUUGGACAAAUUUUGGAAUGAAGAGGAGAUAAGAAAACCGAUUGUUUUAUCUGGUCACAUUCCAUCAUUCCGUUUAGUUGACCUUGAUGAAGAAGAGGAGUUGAAUAAAAAGGUUGCCGCUGAUGCCUUACGUAAGCAUUUGAUUGAUGAUCUAGAAGAUGAAGAUCCAAGACGUUGUUUAUUAUGUGGUUAUCAUGGAGAUGAUAAUAUCGAGGGGCGCUUGUUAUACACAGGAUCAGACACUUGGGUGCACAUAAAUUGUGCGUUAUGGUGUAAUGAUGUUUAUGAAGAGGAUUCUGGUGAGCUAAUUGGUUUGUCAGACGCUAUUCGACGAGGUCGUUCCAGCAAAUGUGCUGAUUGUGGCAAAUAUGGUGCAACUCUUUAUUGUUCUAAUAUGAAGACUGAGGUUUGUCCUCUAGCUUUAUUAGUCUCAUCUAACAACUGUGAUUUGGACUGUGUUGGUGCCGUGCAUUUCUCUUGUGCUCUAAGGCGUUGCCCUCCGUUACCACAAUGUGUUUUUACUGCUGAUCGUUCUUGGUUUUGUUCUCCAGUCUGUCAUCAUACAGUUAUGAACCAACGUCUUGCGGAAGCUUUACAUUCAUUAAAAAAGUCAUCCAAAGGAAACCAUAACAGAAAAUUCGGUUAUCCUGAAUCAUGGGACCAUUCAUCUGAUGAAGAUUUUUCAGCUGGAUCAUUUAAUCCGGCUGAUUUUGCAGAUCAUCCUUCAUUUGCAUCAAUGGAAGAAGCUAUUGCUGACGAUUUAGAGCCAAUUGGUUUAGGAGAUUUGCUUGUUUGUCGUCGAGUGUUUGUCCCAUCCGAUUGUUUUGCAGCAUCAGUGUAUCCUCAAUCAAUAAAUGGAAAUCUUAUUUCAAAUAAUCUCCUAAUGAGUGAUAAUGAACAGUCGGAAUUAAUGAGAGCUGCAAAAGAAGCUGUAUCUACACUUGCAGUUUCACCGAAUUCAAUCUCUUUUCUUCACAAUAACGGGAUUUCUGCAAAAAAUCUUGUUAUUACCAUAGGAUCUUUACGUGUUGAUAGGUUGGGAGAUGUUCGUGAAGCUUCAGACUCUUUAGCCAUGGCUAAAUGGAUUCCAGGUUCUUUUGACGAACGUAAUACAGUUACUAGGAGCAAUUACUUGUGCCCUAUAAAUUACCGUGCAAGGCGCAUUUAUUGGAGUUGGUCAAAGUUGGAUUCUCGUAUACCAUAUACUCUUCAAGUAAAGCAGAGUCAAACAGUACAUACAACCUCCGGUUACAUGGAAACUUGUCCUACUUCACGUCCAUCUUCCAACACGAAUGUCAGUUCUAAUAAAUCUUUUAUUUUAUCUAAAUUGCCUGUUGUCAAUCCUAGUAAUUCAACUCCAGUUUAUAAAAAUCCUCGUCUAGUCAAUGUUGAUAAUCGUAUCAGACUGCUAACUCCUCUGAACAACAGAUCUGUCAAUAUUAUUAACAGUAGUAUUAACAAUAAUGUCAAAAGUAUUGAUAAUACAUUAUCUCCAGUUCAAGAUGCUUCCAAAACGUUAACAGCUAUUCUAACUAAUGCCUCAUCUAUUGUUACUCCUCAAACUGGGUAUGAACCUCCUCUUUUGAUGAGUCAACCGAUUAGUGGUCACCUAGUUAGUGUCACAUCUUAUUCAACUUUACCAGUUAGUAGUUUUCAGCUUAUGGCACACACAGUUAACAACCCGAUAAAUCAAGGACAGAUUAUUCAAUCAUCUGCUUUAAGCAGUCAAAAUUCGUCAUUGAAAAUACUAAACACUGUAUCACUUUGUCCUUCAUCGAAUUUGCAACAGAAUCAGCAGAUUUUACAACAACGUCAGCUGUUAGCAACACCUCAAAAACAUUUAGUCCCAGUUCAUAUUACACCUCAGGUACCAAUGAACGUCAAUGCCACUAAUCUAACUACUACGCCCGAUAGUAUAAAUAAUAUUGUACCUACAGAAAUAAAUUACAAAAUUGGGAUUAAUCCUUCUAUAGUUUCUGUUAAUAGUACACAGUUUAAUAAAAGUAAUUAUACCAAUAUAAUUUCUUCUAAUAAACAACAAACACAACAACAUUACAAAUCUCAUUUGAUGAAUGCAUAUAAUGGAAAAACAUUUAUUUUACCUAAUCAAAUUCAGCCAAAUAUUAUAUCUGUUAAUAGUAAUAAUAACAUUAAUAAUAAUUUGUCUUUAUCUCCUGCAAUAAUCCCUGUAAAUCAGUAUAAUGGUGAUAUAAUUACACAUCAUAUCGGCACCACUGUCAACCCCAUCACAGUUAAUACAAAUAAUAAUAAAUCAUCAACAUUGCCUUAUAAUAAAUCUAUCGGAUCUACUGUUAUACGUAUUCAAAAUGUUCAUUUAACUCAAAAGAGUGGAGUAUUGACAACACCGACAAAAGAUACACAAUUAGCAACACAAUUAGAUGGUUUAUUUCAAAAUAUUGGCAAUGUUACAAGUGUUAGUCAGAAUAAACGAGGAGUAGUUUCAACAAAUUUAUUACCCCAACCUGAACAUAAACUACUUCCUCAAUUUGAUGGUACUGGUGACGACGAUGAUCCUGACUAUGGAUCUGGUUCUGUUCAUAAACGUUUGUAUAAAUGCCGUUCAUCUUCACUUGUGUCCUCUGGUAGUUCAUCAUAUUCUCACAGAACAGCAGCUUCUGGACGUAGUCAAUCACAACUGCCAAAUAGUCGCCUUAAUAAAAAUGACCCAUUAAUAAAAGCAAAUAAAAGUGCUCGUGUUACUUCUGAUCCCUCGUCUGCCAAACCUUCAGGAAAACGACGUUGGAUUGAAGAUCGUAUCAGACAACAGGAAUUGGCUCAUUUAGUGUCAAAGGCUAAACAGGCUAAUCAUGCUCGCCUUUAUCAGAAUGAAGUUGAGAAACAUGCAAGAUCAUUUCGUCUUACCUUUUCCAUUGAUGGUAUGGUACGUUCAGCUAAUAGCCCAAUGGCUGCUUGGCGUGCUGUGAUAAUGCGUGUUUCAGCUCUACGUGAAAAACAAGGUUUAAAGCCAUUGAUUUGUACAGCUAUUGAUGGAUGGACACAAUUCGGUUUAAAUCAUCGUUAUACAAUAUUUCUAAUCGAACAAAUGCGUGGAGCGCUUCAUUGCUAUCGUUAUAGAUUUCGAUAUCACUGGCAGAAGAUCGAUCGCUUACGUCAAAAGUUCACUCCUCCUGUACCCUGUUCUGAAGGCUGUGCUCGCGCUGCCCCAUGGACGAAGCCUCGUCGUCCACACAACCAUGCUCAUGAUCCUCUUGGAUUUCUUCAUUGUAAAGCUAAUCCUCCUCCACGACCUUUAGUUAGCUCAGGUGAUGAUAAUUUACUUCCUUAUCAAGACCCAUCCUUAGCUAAUACAAAUGAGCCGGCUAAACUUUUGUCUCCUAAUGAACAAGCCACUUGUAGAGAAGCUGCUCGUCAAGCUGCUCUCUUAGUUGCGACACAACUUAAGCUUCCACAACGUCUGCGUAAAUCAUGUAUAGCAAAAGCUGUUGUACGAGCAACUGGGAUACCAUUACAGUCUACACCACCAAAAUCAGUAAAUGACAGUGAGUUUGUCAACUCUACCGAUCAAGUGUUUGGAAUAAAUUAUUCUGAUGAUGAAGACAGUUGUUCCGUAUCAUCGAAUCAUGAAGAAGAAGAAGAAGGAGGAGGAGAAGAAGAGGACGAAGAAGAAGACGAGAACGACGUAGGAACAGUUGCUACACAAUUUAGUCGAUUGUUAUCAGGACCAUUGGCUCGAUUUUAUCGUGUAUCUGUACAUCCAUCUCGUAUACAUGGUCGUGGUUUAUUCGCUUUACGAGAAUUUCGAGAAGACGAAAUGGUUAUUGAAUAUACUGGAGAGUUAAUACGAAGUAUUAUUUGUGAUGCUCGCGAAUUAAGAUAUAGAGCAACUGGCGUAGAUUGUUACAUGUUCAGAAUAGAUCCAGAUUGGGUUAUCGAUGCUACGUAUGCUGGAAACGCUGCUCGAUUUAUCAACCAUGCAUGUGAUGUAUGUGUAGUUUUGUAUCUAUAAAUAUUUAUAUUUUAAUCGAACGAUAAUAACUACAGUACUAUUAAUGGAAAUCAGAAAUCUCCAAGUUAUUUCACAAUACUUGUAGAAUCUCCUUUUCUUCUUCACCUCUUGCAACUUUACCUAGUUAGCGUUUAUCUGUUUUGGUAACUAUCACAUGAAAUGUUAUUUUUUCUUGUGUAAGGAAAAAAUGUUAAUUGUAAAACCAACUCACAACCAAGGAUUUUUCCGAUCAAUAUAUAAUAAUGAUAGUCUGCGCGCAGUUUCACGAUCUUCAUCCUUUAAUAUUACAAGAAUUUUUAUAGUGAAUAAUGAAGUCAGUAUAAUUGUUGUUAAAAUUAUUUGCUUUACAACACGUAAAAUGCGGGUGUUUUUGGGGUGGUGCUUAUCGCGAAGAUCCUUUUUUCCAGUUUAAUUUAUUCACACUUAAUGUCACCAUUGAUUAAAAAUAUUGUGUGAUAUACCACUCAGAGUCGGUCACAGUGACGAAGAUGCAUAUACUCUCUGUUUCUACCCAAAUCCUAAGUUUAGAAAUUGUUUAUUCUGCGAAUCAAAUCUUUUCUCUCAGAUCAUAUUUUCUAUUACUAAUGUUACUAAUUUAACUAUUCUGCAAUUUAUCUUGACCAUUUCAUCUCAGUUCGCUAGUAUGGAACCGAUGUACAUAUAUGACUAGUUCUGUGUUACUUAUAAAUGACUGAAUUCGUUCAUCGUUUUAAAAGUGUCUGUAUAGAAUUGUAUUUGUUUUCAUGAAAUAAAUGUACAUUUGAUAAAAAGGUCUUAGUCGGUGUAUGCUAUCAAAUCCAUAAUGUUUAAAUAUAUUCUAGUCAGCUUUCUAACAAGUUUCAAUAUACUAUUCACUUACAACUUAUCCAUAACAAAUAGGAAUUCUUCCUCAGAUUACUUUAUAAAUUAUUAAGAUUUCCUAAUACAUUAUAAUGAAAAGUUGUGUUCACAAAAAUGACUUCAUUUAUGAAUCAUAAUUUUAGUACUCAUUAUAGGAUAUCAUCUACAAAUAUGUAUAUAUUUAGUGUCCCAUUAUCUGACUCCAGUUUGAUCGCAUGUCAAAUACGAUAACGGAUUUUUGGAUACAUAUAUUUCGUACAAUCGUUGAUCGGAAAGUGAAACAAAACAAAAUGACGUACAGUGAAGGCGAGUAAGCUGAAUAGAUCUAGGGUCACAACAAUGAUGAGCCCGCCAAUGAUGAACCUAACGCAUCAAACUACGUCAAUGAAUAACCGUCCGCACUCCAUACUUUCGACGAACGCACUCAACGUAGCUUACUCAAUCGAUAAUAUCAUCAUACCACUACUCAAGUGGUAAAUCAGACUUCGAAAUAAACGUAACCUGCAGAGCUACACAAACGAUGAACAUUUCGAACUUCACUCAUUCGGUAAACGAACUUCAAGUGGCUGGCUUAAUCGAUAGCAAUUAGAAACGAUCCAAAUGGAGCCAGAUAAUGGACCACUAAAUAUCGACUCAAGUUGUGAUUUAUUUUUAUUUUCCUGAAUCUCUCAACACAAAUUCUGAACAAGAAUAAUGAAGUGCAUAAUAACGAUAUUAAAUACACAUAGACAAGACAAACUAUUAAACAAUCCCCAUGGAGGCUAGAUAGUAUUUACUAUUGAUUCGAAUGAUGAUUUUGUUAUGGUAUUUUUUAUUAUUGAAUUGUGUCUUUUCCGUCUUUUUUCUAUCUCAGUGCUUUUCAUCUUUCUUUUUACUUAGCCUAAUUGUUAUGCUAAAGUUGUGUCGAUUGAUGAUAAAAAGCAUAUUGUUAUAUUGGCCCAACGAAAAAUUUAUCCUGGUGAAGAAUUGACAUAUGAUUAUCGUUUUCCUAAAGAAUCUGAUAAAUUACCGUGCAAUUGUGGCAGUUAUUCUUGUAGAAAAUAUUUAAAUUAAUCUAUUCUAUAUAUCUCUCUAUAUGAAAAGAAGAUACUUUUAAUUUCUGUUCUAUAUAUAUAUACAUGUAUGUAUUUGUGUAUUCUACUGUUUCAAUGAUACUGUCAGUCAGUCAGUCACAUUCUCCUCUUUUAUUGUGUUUCUCUUUUUCUUUUUUUAUUUAUUAUUUAUUUAAUGAUCAACCGGUUGUUUAUUCAUCCAUCUACAUAUUCUAUGCAUAUACACAUGAAUUACUUGUUAGAUUUUUAUAAAAAAUUAUUUAUAUAAUAAGAGAGAAAAAAAAUAUGAAAAAAAAAAUAAUAAACAACUCAGUUCAUUGAAAUUUAUUGUCUUUUUUAUGUACAAAACAUUAUAAAAAUACAAAUCAUUCUCUCUCUCUUUUUUUGUUUCCCUCUGGGUUUUUUUGUCUUCUUUUUUUUUUCUGAAAAAAAAUAAUUUCCUGCAUUUCUUCAUUAAAGAAAAAAAAAUAGAAAAGAAGAAUAUUAUUGUUUUUAUCAUUAAUUAGUAUUAUUGUGGUUAUUUUUAUGCAUCGAAACAAUCGUAUGUAUAUUUCAUCGAUAUUAUAAUAUAUAUAUAUGUAUGUAUAUAUGACUGUACUGAUCUGAAUUAAGUCUCUUUCUUAUUAUUGAAUAUGAAUAUAAAUUAUAUAAAUAUAUGUAUAUGUUUAGAAA